AUGCUUUCGAAGCGUUUAUCGUUGGAUUUGCUAAAACGUCCCUUGGUUACUAAGAAUGGAAACUCUAGCGAAUAUAGAGAAACCUUUGCAGACUUGUUCUAUCGGUUUGCGAAUAAAUCUACUAUACCUGGUUUAAGCAAGUUGGGAGAACGCGAAAGCCACAAUUGUGAAAGAUUCAUUUGGUUUCUUGUACUUUCGCUGGCUUUCUUCGGAACGGUACACGUAUGCCUUCGUCUUAAGGAUCGCUUUGAUGCUGGCAAUAUGGAGACUGUUAUUAAUAGUACUCGAUAUCCUGUAUAUCAAAUAAGUUUUCCUGUGGUAUCGAUUUGCAAUCGCAACCAAUUGAAUUGGCAACGUUUAGAAGCAGCCAAAAGCAUGUUUUUACCACAAGAAAAUAAUACCGAAAUAUCAAAACUCUUUGAACUGAUUAUUACUGCUUACGACACCUUCCAAUUUGGUCAAUUUCAAGUGUUUCAAAUUUUGCAAAAUCGACCAAUACAUGCUUUAAGUCAUAUUAACUUUUCAUUAGUUUAUGAAUACAUGAGCUGGUCUUGUGAGGAGCUCUUGACGGACUGCAAAUGGCGUAAUAAUGAUAUUAACUGCUGCGAUUACUUUUUCCAGCGACGUAGUCAAAUUGGUUAUUGCUGGAGUUUUAACACUUUAGAAACGGAGGCGGCCAGAGAGAGACAAUUGAAAGAUCCCAACUGGCCUUUGCGUACAGGAAAUUCUGGCAUGAAAAGUGGCUUAAAGUUGAGAGUACUGAUAAAUCCAGAAAAUAUUUAUCCAGGAAAUGGAAAACCUAAAGGAAUUAAGGUUAUGAUAGCAGAACCUCAUGUAUGGCAUAAGAAGCCUUUACCUGUUCCCACCAACACAAAUGCAAUUAUCGAAGUGGAUCCGGUUAUAUUUUUCUAUGAAAAUGACACCAAACGUUUAAAAACCCAGGAAAGAAAAUGUGUAUAUUCGGAUGAACCUUCGAGCUAUGGAUUCAAGACUUUGCCCGGUGAAGUGUAUAUGAUGGAAAAUUGUAUAUCGCAGUGCAAUCAAGAAUAUUUACUAAAACAUUGUGAAUGCACUGUAGACAUAUUCUUUCCAACAGGAAGCUAUCCUAUAUGUGAUUUGAAAGGGUUAUUAUGUCUGUCACAACACUAUGAAUAUUUCCUUUACACUCAAGACCCUGAAGAACUACAAUAUGUGCCCGAUAAUUAUGGCAAAAGUAUGUUAUGUGAAUGUUUUCGCAAUUGUUAUUCUUUAAAUUUUAUAACGGAAAUGCGUACAACGUUUUUGCCAACGGAUAUACGUGGCAAUAAGUCAUACAUUGAUUUAGACGUGCAUUUCCGUUUCGAUACAAUGAUGGUCUAUUCAACUCAUUUGGUAUUCGGUUGGAUGGAUUUAAUAUCGGCUUUUGGAGGUAUUGCUGGUUUAUUUAUGGGAUGCUCUCUUAUCAGUGUUAUGGAAGUUUUUUACUUUCUUCUCUUCGAAUUUCCUUUGUUCGUUGAAAAGUUUUCAAGCGAAAACCGAAAUAAAAGUGCUAUCGUAAAUUUUUAA